AAGCGACUUUCAAGUUUUCUUCUCCCAUAAACUGUAUAUGUUUUUUUAAUUUCUGUCCUGUUUAGAUCAACCCUUUACGAAAAUAUCAUAUCUUAUCUCUUUAGCCGUAUGUGGGUCUCGCUCUCAGGAUCGAACCAUCACCGCCACAAUUAUGCUUCUACCUACUCCAUCAUAAUCUUCUCGUCUGAUGCUUAAUGUUCUUACAUCUGGACUUUCAAUUGAUUUUUCCCAUUUAUUACUCUCUCGUUCUUCCCCUUGCGAUUUUAUUAUUAUUUGACUUCCUUCGACGGUGACUUCCUCUGGGGUUCUCCCCAAUUUUCAAUAGGGUUUUCAGGACACAUUUUGUUGUUUUAAAUCCUUUUUGGCACAGCUGUCUGCAAUAAAUUAUAUGUAUAACGAAGAUCUAAUUUCAAACCAAUGAAUCACGACCAACUGUUGUCAUUGUUUGGAUUAGCACAACUUUUUUUUUCCGCGAAUUUUGUUUGUUUUGACAUGGGGUUUCUAUUUUAUAUCCACAAUUCAUGGACUUUGUUCCAUAGCUUUGAAAAACGACUAGUUUUUAAUAAACCCUUUACUUUAUCUGAGAUUGGGUUAACGCUUCCUUCAAUAGAUUGCAUUGUAGUUGUUGAUCUGUUAUUAUUAGAUUACAGUUUUCUAUCAUAUUAGUUUGUGUUCAUUGGUUCCUGUAGCUUUCUGUUAAGUCAAACAAGCCAAUUGGUAGCAACCAAGUUGAAAAAGAUGUGCAAUGAAGAUAUGACAAGACAUUCAAGCGUGUGUUCACUUUGGACAAGAGGGAUAGAAUCCUACUUUUUAGCUGGAAUAGUUUUGUCGUGGAUGUUUUGUCUUUUGCUAAGAACUAAGGUCGUGUCAGUCUUAAUAAGCAGCUGUAAUUAUCUUUAAGACAUCCAUUUGUGGUAGUUUUAUAAGUACGUCUAUCUUUCUUGUCUAUAAAUAUGUGAUAUUUUCUGUUUCUGAAAGACGUGUCUUAGUUGUUCUGGUUUGUCCCUCUGAGUUCCCACGGAGGCUCCCCAAUUCUGGAGGGACACAGAAUUCUGUUCUUCAUAAAUCCCAAAUCUGAGAUUUCUUGAAGAGAAAGUGACAAAAAUUGCUUGAUUGGAGGGCCACAGACAGGAAACUAGGAACAUUCUUCUUCUCCGUCUGUUCUGGUGCUGGCACUUCGUCAUGGAAAACGGAACAUAUCAAGAAUAUAAGCCCGAGGAGUUGUCUGAGGUUCCAUCAUUAAUCAAACACAUAUCAUCAAUUGAAGUGGUUCCCUUUGAUGGGAUUGAAGAGGGUAGCCUUCCAAAUAAUCAUUCCCCCUCUACCCUGCCUACUGGAAAUACAUUAUCACCUGCUGAGCAAAGUGAUGAUGAACUUCAGUUCAUUAACCAUCAAAGAAAGCCUUCUGUUUCUAUCAGUAUGCCACCCUCCCCUGUGGGAGUUCACUUACAGACUUCAAAACGAGUUCUAUUCGGUGGCGAACAGAUACUAAACAAUGAAGCCUUGGGUCCUGCUGCUGGGGCCAAACCACAGAAAGCUGCAAAGUUUCACUCUCAGCCAAUUCCGAGGGGUUCUACGUUUGACGUGUCGAGGAACACGAAUGCUGCACAUCACCCUAGUAUGAGAAGAUUGAAGGACAAAAGAUUUGAUUCCUUCAAAACAUGGUCUGGAAAACUUGAAAGGCAAUUAACUCUACUUAGUGGAAAGUCAGCAAGACAAACUAGGCCAGAGGAAAUUGAAGUGCAAAGAGAAGGAAUCGAGAAUAACAUACCGGUUCACCGUUACUUCGAUGCAUUGGAAGGUCCAGAGCUGGAAACUCUAAGGGCUUCAGAGGAAAUACUGCUUCCAGAAGACAGGACAUGGCCUUUUCUACUCCGAUUUCCUAUCUCAUCGUUCGGUAUCUGUCUUGGUGUUAGUAGCCAAGCAAUCAUGUGGAAAACACUGGCCACUUCAGUCUCCACGAAGUUUCUUCAUUUGAGCUUGAAAAUAAAUCUCAUUUUAUGGAUAAUUUCCAUUGCACUUAUAGUCACAAUUGCUUCCGUUUACCUUCUGAAAAUGCUUCUGUACUUCGAAGCAGUUCGUCGUGAAUACUACCACCCUAUUCGUGUCAACUUCUUCUUUGCACCGUUGAUAUCUCUCUUGUUCUUAGCAAUUGGUGUUCCUCCGUCAGUUACCACUAACCUGCAUCCAGCAAUUUGGUAUGUUCUCAUGGCUCCAUUUCUAUGCCUUGAGCUUAAGAUUUAUGGGCAAUGGAUGUCAGGAGGCCAACGCAGAUUGUCAAAAGUGGCUAAUCCUACAAACCAUCUUUCCGUUGUGGGGAAUUUUGUGGGGGCUUUGUUGGGAGCCUCAAUGGGACUAAAGGAAGGGCCCGUAUUCUUCUUUGCUAUUGGAAUGGCUCACUAUUUGGUCCUUUUUGUAACUCUCUACCAGAGACUACCAACCAAUGAGACACUCCCGAAGGAACUGCAUCCAGUGUUCUUUCUUUUCAUAGCAGCACCAAGUGUUGCAUCCAUGGCAUGGGCAAAAAUUCAAGGUUCCUUCGACAACGCUUCACGAAUCAUUUACUUUAUUGCCCUGUUCCUCUACUUCUCACUGGUUGUUCGAGUCAACUUUUUCCGGGGCUUUAAGUUCUCGCUGGCCUGGUGGGCAUAUACUUUUCCCAUGACUGGUGCUGCAAUUGCAACUAUAAAAUACUCAACUGAAGUUACAAAUACAGUAACACAAGUUCUGUCUGUUGUACUCUCUGCCACUGCUGUAAUCAUAGUGACAGCUCUCCUUGCAUCAACGAUCAUCCACGCCUUUGUGCUUCGUGACCUCUUUCCUAACGACAUCGCUAUUGCCAUUAGCAACAGAAAGCCGAAACCACAAUGGAACUGGUUGCAUCAUCUAAAACAAGGAAGUUCAGAAGCUCAAGACAUUGAAAACUUCUUGAAGUUUUCAAACUCAGAUAACAAGGAUUUAGAAGCAUCUCAAGGACCACCAACCCUCGUAGGCCAAGACACAAACCUCCAACCGUCAAACGAAUAGCUCUGCUGACCACCACCCUCAGCAGGCAGAGACAUGAACGUCCAACCAUCAAGUUAUUAGCUCCACUGCUCUCAGGCUCACCCCGGUAUAAAAACCACCGAUCGAACAUAGGAAGAAAUUGAUUUUGUAGUUUGAAUGGCUCCAAUGAAACAGAUUUUGUUAGAAAUAUAUUAUGAUUUGUGUAUGAAUAUCUAUGAUGUGCUUGAUUUCCUGUUCAUGUGAGAUGAAUAAAGGAACUAUGUUGAAGUAUCCGAA